AUGAGGUGGUUUGUGGCGAUCGUGUUGUGUUGUGCGGCCCAACGGGUUCGGGCGCAACAGCCCGUUCGGGUCGAUACGUUGAAUAAUACGAAGAUCGACAAAGUUGGAAUUGUGCACGAACAGCUGUGGGCCGCUGGCGGUGGGUCGGUGUUCAUCUACAAGAAUUCGAAGUGGAGUCCAGCUUUUAGGAAUAAUGGCGAGGGAGAAGCUUACGCCAUGGGCGCAAUCACCACAUCGAGCCACGAUACGACCACGACAAGGAACAAAGAUGCGACCAACCUGGGUAUCGUCUGUUUCGCCCGCGAUCGGGGUCUCUGUUCUGUGUACGACCCCGAAUCAAACCGAGCCUUCAGCCUGGAUGACAAUCAAGCGAGAGAUUUCGCGGCUCCCGGGACGUUGCUGACGCUCUUGCAAGAUCACGCGAGGGGAACUCCGCUCUUGAUCGCUGUGAAUCAGAAUGCCACACCAGUGAACGAAGUCCCGCUCCAACUGGCCGAGCUUUCGAGCGAAGAAUUCCAGGCCAAAAUGAAGAGUGAUGCCGUCAAGCUCUCGCUAAAGCCAUAUACAGUCGACAAUCGCGGGAGGAACGAUAGUUUUGCGAUUCGAUUCCGAGGCUGGAAGUCGUAUUUCCCACCCAUUCAUUAUCUGUACAGCUUCCAACACCACGGUUUCGUUUAUAUCGUGACCGUACAACCGGCUAUCGACAGCCAGACGUUCCGUUACGAGACCAGGAUAGCUCGCUUCUGCCUGCAGGACGAUUCCAUGACUACAUACGCAGAAGUACCUGUCAGAUGCAAAACUCCGAGCUACGUGUUCGAAGUCGCGGUUCACGCAAGAAUGGUUCACCACAUGAAUCAGUUUCUCCUCUUCAUGAGCAUGGGGAGCACCGAACAAGGCGCACGUUAUUCUCGCGACAAGUCCGCAAUCUGUGUCUUCAAUAUCGAGGAUUUGGACGAGAAAUUCAGAUCUACGAUCGACAGUUGCAACUUCGGCGGGGCAGAAGCUGGAGUCAGGAAAAUCAAGUACUACCAGGAGUUUCGCGGUUCGGGACCUCUUCGUUGCGAGCAGACGGACCGUCGACAAGAUUUCUGUUCAAGCAACAAACGAAACAAGUACAUAAUUUCAAUGACGGAGUUCGAAGGCGACGUAGUCUAUGCAAAUUCGAAGAAAGCUCCACUCGACGUGACUUACAUCUAUAAUGCCACACGUAUCCUGUCGGCUCCGGUCGGCGUCUUGACCGCCUUCGAGAUCGAGCCGCCCGAAACGCCGACCUCCACCGACCCGUUGUUCAUCUGGGCCGUUGAUCACCGCGGACAAAUCCACCGGAUACUCUAUAUCACAAAAAGCACUGAGUCGACUCAUUCGGAGUCCAUGCUACUCAUCACCGUGCCGCGGCCCAUCGCUAAAAACGGCUAUGAAGUUGAAUCCGUACAUUACGAAAACCGCACCAUGUUCGUCAUCGAUAAGAGCGUCGUCGAGAUAUACGCUGCCGACCAAUGCUCUCUGUUCUUGAACUGCGGCGAUUGCCUCAAUCCAAGAGCCAUAACGCGAUCCCACGUCAGCUGCAUCUGGGAGAACGAUCGCUGCGUUCACUCUGAGGACUUAUCAAAGUUGGACUCCGCGUUCUGCAGACCGGCCGUAAUGGAAAAGUCACCGUUCAGUGGACCCCAACGCGGGGGAACUCGAUUCAAAAUCAGAGGUUUCGACCUCGGCGACUCGGCGUCGGUCAGAGUGAUGUUCGGAGACCAGCGGUGUAGAAUCAUCAGCUGGGACAACAUGACCGGCAUCUGCGAAGUUCCACCAGAUAGAGACUCGAAGACGAAAGUCGACAUUACACUGAACGUAAAGGAUCACAAGCACGACGCCAGAAUGAAAACAUACCCCAUAGCCACUGACGGAGCGGAAAAACUAGGGACCUUCACGUAUUACAGCGUCGAGUUCUUCGGCGUCCAUCCCUCCUUCGGUCCUCGUAAAGGCGCCACUCACCUCCGCAUAUCCGGACAGAAUAUUGGACGAUCCGGUCAAUCAGCUCAAUACGGUCUUUUCGGUUCAGGAGAUCAACUGAUCUGCAAGGAUUUCGUCGUCCGUAGCGGAUCGGAGCUUUCUUGCAACACGACGGAAUAUUUCGGUCCGGAGAAAGGAAGAGGAGAGUCGUUCAACCUCGUGUUGAAAAUCGACGGGGUCUCGUAUGAAGCCGUAGAAAGACCGGAAUACUCCCAAGUAUUCGUAUACGAACCCAACCCGGCGAACAUCAAGCUGUCCCCUCUGACAAAAACGAAUUUCUACGCGAAGGGUUCUCGUUCCUAUCCGAUAAUGUUCGUCGGCGAGAAUUUGGAUUCUGGGGCUUUCCCGACUAUUUUGGUGACACCAUUGGGCCAUCAGAACCAGUUAGAAGCUCCGUGUCUUUCGAACGUCACGGACAUGAGCUGCAACGUGCCACCGCUCAGCGAAAAACUGGUGCUCGAGCAGCCCCUGCCGGCGACCGUUACCUUGAGGAUCGACGGCUUCGCAUUCAAUCCGCCGAGCUUCCGUAUUACCUACUACCCGAACGCCACGAUCAUUUUGAACGAUGGGGAGAAGUUUGUCAUAGAUUCUGAUGGACCGAAGAAGAUAUCGAUACGGGGGAAGAAUCUCCUACCGCUGAACAGAGAGGAGGUGGAAAUCCUCGUCGACGACCAGUUGUGCGAAAUCGGAACCAUCGAAGAUAACAUGAUCGAGUGCCACUCGGAAUCUCUACGAGCCGGAGAUUAUUCGAUUCAGGUCGACGUCGCAGGCAGGAAGUACAGCGCUUUUAUGUCCACCAUUGUCACCGCAGGUAAUGGACUGGGCGCGGCGGCUGUUGCGGCGAUCGUGGUCAGCUGUUUGAUCGUGCUGAUCGCGUUGACCUUCCUAGCGCUGCGUUACGUUCCGUUGCGAGAGAAAUUCGUCGAAAACGAACCGGUCGUACAGUACACGCCCGAGAACGACGGUUACCUUCGUCCUGAUAACGACAGGAACACCGCAUCCGAUAACGAACGGCUUCUCCCAACGAUACCCCCCGACCCGGACAUCAUAAACCUACUUUCUGAGGAGGGAUUACUCAUGGACUUCUCUUGUAUUCAAGUCGGCUCUCUGAUCGGAAGAGGUCAAUUCGGCUGUGUUUAUCGAGGAAUUUUGAAACGCGACAAACUCAGCGAAGAAGAGCCGGUCGCCGUUAAGACCCUCCAGCAACGAGGGCUGACUUCGAACGAUGCAAACGUGUUCUUGAAAGAAGCUCUACGCAUGAAAGACUUCAACCACCAGAACGUCCUCCGACUUAUCGGGGUUAGCUUCGACAACAACAACUCCACCGAUCCGAUGAUCAUCGUACCCUUCAUGGCGAACGGCGACCUGUUGACUUACAUCCGGAACCAGGAUAACAAGCCAACCGUGAAGGAUCUGAUCACGUUCGGUGCCAACAUCGCUCUUGGAAUGUCGUAUCUCACCACACAGAAAUUCGUACACCGCGAUCUUGCGGCGAGGAAUUGUAUGCUGGGCGAGGAUCUCAUCGUGAGGGUGGCGGACUUCGGUCUUUCGCGAGACGUAUACGAGACGUCGUAUUACUCGUGCGACAACACCAAAACGAAACUGCCAGUCAAGUGGAUGGCCAUCGAGAGUUUGAAGGAGGGCGUCUACUCUCACAAGUCCGAUGUCUGGUCCUAUGGAGUUGUCCUCUGGGAGCUCAUGACGCGCGGUUGUGUGCCGCUCCCUAACGUUGAUAACUGGGAGGUUCAGAAUUGGCUGAUCAGCGGACGGAGAAUGCUCAAGCCGUCUUUUUGUCCCGAUGCUCUUUACGAGAUCAUGCUGGCGUGCUGGGACGAGGAUCCCAAGAAGAGACCCACUUUCUCUCAGCUAGUCAAGGACGUCCCGAACGUAAUCCACACGAUCGAAACAGCCUCCCGCAAUCAGAUACCGAGUUACGUGAAUCUAUAG